GUACUGGGCCGUAACUGACAUCGACUAUGCCCACCAGCGGACGGCCCGGCGGAUAGGCUACAUGAUCAUCGUCAUCUGGACCCUGUCCGUGCUGGUCUCGAUAGCGCCGCUGCUCGGGUGGAAAGACCCCGAGUGGGAAGCCCGAGUCUACCAGGAUCUGCAGUGCAUCGUUUCGCAGGACGUGGGCUACCAGAUAUUCGCCACCGCGUCCAGCUUCUACGUUCCGCUGCUGGUGAUACUGUUCCUCUACUGGCGAAUAUUCCUGGCGGCCAGGAAACGGAUACGGCGAAGGCAGCAGGGUAAAACAAUUGUGCAAUUGAUACCAAAAACUUUACAAGACGAUAAAGUGGUUCUCAGAAUUUUCGAAAUUUGUUCGGGUAUAGGAAGUAUGACGGAUGAUAAAGGUUCCGCUCAGAAUUGCCAGUCCUGUGAACGGGUGGACUCGGCGGAAUGCGCGAUGGGCCAGUGCAACCGAUGCAAGCUAUGGGAGCACUUUGGCUGUGCUGGUGUCGAUGAGUCAGCAGCCGGGCACCACAAACGUUUUUAA